AUGGCUCGCAUUCGUCCAGAACGUUACCCUAAACAAGCUUUUAAAAAGUUGCAUGCUCGAGCUGCGGGACCUUUUCGCAUAAUAAAGAAAUUAGGACCUAAUGCUUAUCUUUUAGAACUACCUUCUGAUAUGGCCAUUAGUCCAGUUUUUAAUGUAGAGGAUCUUAUGCCUUACCGGGGAACUUUUGAGCCUUCCCCUUUGCUUUCUGAUGAUUUUGCAGGUACUCAGCCUUCACAAGUGCCAAUUCCAUCAUUGCCUGCUGUCACACCAUCAGUUGAUGAAAUCGAGACCAUUAUGGAUGAUCAAAUGGUCUUUACCUCUGAGGGGCCCAUCCGUCGUUAUUUGGUUCGUUGGAGAGGUCGAUCUGAUGAAGAUGCCACCUGGAUUUCAGAAGAUGAAUUCCAACAACUUAAUCCUGCCUUGCUAGAAGCCUAUCAACUCUCUACCUCUCCGGAGGAGAGUUCUUUGCAGCAGGGGAGAAUUGAUAGAAAAUAUGGGCAUCGCUUUGGGGAAGAUGAAGGCAACUCCUCAAGGGAAGGCUACAAGUUAUUCAGUUAUGUCUCAGAAAGACCUUCUGUUAUAGAAUUCCAGAUUAAGUAA